CGGUCGCACUGGCGUGCAGUUCAGUUCAUCAGUCCGGCUCAGGCACAGCAGUCUGCUCAGCCAGCCUGCUUGGAACGAGAGAGAGAGAGAGAGAGCGUAAACAGUAAACACGGUUAGGCUAGUACUAGUAGUUGGCUCGUCACAGCCAGGAAAACUCCAAUCUGGAGGACGGAGGAAUGUCCCAGUGAAAAGACAAGAGCUCUUCUGCGUCAGUUGUGUAAACAGCACAGAAUUCUACACUAUUCUGUGGUAAACAGGCACAGCCACAAGACCCAGUUCUCGUUACGCUUUCCGUAGGCCUACGCCAAUGCCCAGGAUGGCCUCCGAAAAACAUCAACAAUGACGGUGUUGUUAAUGUUGUGGUUUUCCCCCCACUGAUUCACAGAACUGUUGAGACAAAUACUUGUCAUUUGGAAAACCGAGAACUCAAGUCGAGAGUUAAUCAUCUUCAUCGAUAUGUAUCCUGUGAUUUUGUAUCUUUAGAAAAGUGUGUAAUCAAACUGAGCUUGUCUAGAGAUCUUGACUGAUGAUUCUUGAUUGAAUUGAAUCUGUGUCAAGUCGACUCUCAAGUCAGUAAAAAGUCGUCCCGCAAUACACGUAGCCUAGUCAACUUGGAUUGAAUUUCUUCGACUGCCCAACCUCCCAGGCUUCGUGUUUGUGAUCGUGUUUUUUGCUUUUGGUCAGCGACUUUGGCUUUCAACUUAGAUUCAUGGCAAAUUUUGGAGUUGGUGAAAGUUUGACCACCUCCGCCUCCAGUAUGUGG